AUGAUGAGCACCAAGUUCAUCCGCAAGGACAUAUUGGAUCUUACACCUGCAGAGACCGAUUGUUUAAUACGGGCUUUUCGCGGUAUCCAGAAUCUUCCCCCGGAGGACCCCAACUCCUUUUUUGCCAUCGCAGCGUUUCAUGGCCAACCCUUUCGCGGCCCAGGCUAUUCGAGUAAAGAUUGGUGGGGCGGGUAUUGUCAUCAUGGCAAUGUCCUUUUUCCACUCUGGCAUCGAGCAUAUGUCCUACGCCUUGAAGCGGCUCUGCGUACUAUUCCCAUGUGUGAAGGUAUCUCCAUGCCCUACUGGAAUCAGAUGAGAACCGAAAAGACCAAAGUCAUCCCAGACAUUUUUGUCCAGCAAAGUUACAAUUUAGAUGGCAAGGUCAUUGAAAAUCCUCUCUACUCCUACAAAUUCCAGAGAGGUUUCUUUGAUAAUCUAUCAAGAAUGAACGAAGACACCAAGGUCGACUUCAGCAAGCCGAAAGGAUAUGAUACUGUUCGAUAUCCCUACUCAGGUCUCGUGGGUCUCCCAGAUAUUCAAAGAACUAGACAGCACAACGAGACUAUUUCUCGAGAAGGGACUAAAGACCCUGCGGCUCAACUUAAUGAGAAUGUCAAGGACUGGCUGGAAGGCAAUGAUAAGGUCGCGGGGCUGUCACCUCGGCUGAGUGAGGAAACCAACGUAACAGCGAUGCGCAAGAAGUACAUGCACUCCCUUCAGGCUCCGAAUUAUACCGUCUUCUCAAACACUACAUCUGCUGCCAAAUGGAAUGAUGAUAACUUCGGACAACUUUCCGAUGCACAAACACUGACACUCGUCGUGUCUAUUGAAACACCACAUAAUGGAGUUCAUCUUGCUGUUGGAGGCUUUGAUCCUCCAGGUCGGCCAGUCGGCUCUCAGGCGAGUGGUGAUAUGGGUGAGAAUGAUACUGCCAGCUUUGACCCGCUCUUUUUCUUUCAUCACACGUUCAUCGAUAAAGUUUUCUGGAGCUGGCAAAUUCUGCAUCAGUCAACCGAUUCACUCGAAUUGAUACCCGAAUAUCCCGGAACGAAUUCAGUGGACAGUCAGGGUCCCACGCCAGGCACACUUGCCGGUUCGUGGAUAACGUUAGAUAGCCCACUGCGACCGUUUGUGGCAAGUGAUGGAAGAGCAUUGACAGCGAAGGAUAUGAUCAACAUCACGCGCCUUUGUUAUUCAUAUGAUUCCAUUCUGAAGCCUCCUGAAGAUGGUCCGAUUGAACUCAACAAUCCAAUUAUCCGUAUCUCCGGUAUCAAUCGUACAUCUAUCACGGGAUCUUUUGUCGUAUCCAUUUGGGCAAAGACCUGGGCCGGUGAUGAAAAGCCGCAACACACGGCAGAUGAAGGGCAAAGGCAUCCACAGGAGGUGUUGAUCGGAUACGAGCCAGUAUUCAGUCGAUGGUAUGUCCCAGGAUGUGCCAACUGCAAUAACUCUCUGUUGGUGACUGUUCACACACCUUGGGAUCGGAUGGUUAUCAAGGGAAAGGUGACGCAAAUCGUUAUCCAGGGUGAUGAGGGGGUUAAUGUACGGCAGAUCCUUGGUCCUACUUUUGUAUCCAAGUUAUAG